AUGUUAAUUCUUAAUUUUUAUUAUAUUGUGCCCGUAGUGAGAGUCAUUUGCGGUUUAUGAGUAUUUGUUUCUAAACGUAAACAUCUAUUGAAUACUUUAUUAAGUUUAGAGUAUAUUAUAUUGAGAAUCUUUUGAAUUAUAAGAUUACAUCUUUCUAAUAUAGGGCAUGAAAGUUAUUUUGUGUUGUUUUUUUUAACUUUAGCUGCUUGUGAAGGAGCUUUGGGAUUAGCGUUAUUGGUGUCGGUAGUACGUACACACGGUAAUGACUGUUUUAGAAGAUUUAGAGUAUUACAAUGUUAA